AUGGCAGACAAAGCCCAGCACGGUCACGACGACCUGGAGGCUAGGAAACGCCAUGUCGCCCGCCAGAAGCUGAUCACCUACUUCCUCCGCACUCCCUACUGGGCUUUCCGCGCAUUUCCCAGGGCAAAUCGCCCACACCCAGAAUGGUCCUUGUACCGUGUCGUUAAGCGCAAGAUCAUGGUCACCAGCGAUCGCAUCGCUGCCCUUGCCGGUUUGGGGCCUGACACGCCAGACUACCGUGUUCUCGUUACCGGAACCGGUGUCAAAGGCCUGUGGGUCAAGCCCACCCCUCAUCUCAUUGUAGGGGAAGUCGAGAAAUGGGCCAAAGACGCUAAAGUAGGCUGCGUUCCCAUCCCCGCAUACUGGCAAGAAAAAAAGGGAGUCGAUCGGCUCAUCGGAGCACCGCCGAAGCCUGGAGAGAAGGUCAUCUACCACCUUCACGGCGGAGGCUACGUUGAGCUCUCAGCUCACCCUAGCGACAGGACAGCCAACAUCCCGCGGGGCAUCAUGCAGCAUACACCCAUUGAGCGAUCGUUCAACCUCGAAUACCGCCUGACCAAAGAGCCCGGCAUAAACCCAAUCCCUGCCGCCUUACUCGAUGCCAUCGCAGGCUACCAUUACCUGACUCAUAAUGUUGGCUUUGCGCCAGAGGACAUCAUUCUUGAAGGAGAUUCAGCGGGAGCCAAUCUCGCGCUGGCUCUCCUGCGUUACCUGCUGGAGAAUGCAGACAACGAGGCCGUCAAGCUCCCAGGAAAGCCCGGAACGCUAAUCUUGUGCUCACCCUGGGUCGACCUGAGCCCUCUGAGCAUCCCCAAAGGGUCCGAGCUACGGGAGGUACUCUCUGUGUACAAAAACCGCCAUACCGAUUUCAUAAGCAUCUCCGGCAGAACCAACGCUCGCGGCACUGAGCUCAUCCUUGGACCGCUGGGAAUGGAAGCGGGCGAGGCUAACAGAUACAUAUCUCCUGCUUCAACUUCGCCAAAGCUUGGGAAGGUGUCCUUCAAGGGCUUUCCCCGUACGUUCAUCCUGUCGGGAGGCGCCGAGGUGAUGAUCGACCAGAUUCGUGUCCUCGGGGCGAGGAUGAGGGAGGACAUGGGCAUGGAUAUGGUGGAGUAUGUCGAGCAGCCAAACGCAAUGCAUGACUUUUUGAUCCUUCCGUGGCAUGAGCCGGAAAGGACUGAGUCGUUGCGGCUCAUCGGGAAGUGGCUGUUCCCGAACUAUGUCGAUACCGGCCGCAAGUCCUGGAUUCCCAGAGCGAGACUGUGA